UCAGAUGGUGCAAGUGUCAGCUCCGACGAGAUCAUCUACACGCCCCCCGAAUCCGUUUGCAGCAUGGCUUCCUCAACCGGCGACAACAUCUCACCCCCAGCUCCAGGCGUCACUGUAACCGCAUCCCACGGCACACUCCCCAGCUCCAAGUACGAGAACGUCAGCGGUGCAGCAUCCAACAUCAGCAAGCGCGAGUACAUCUACUUCCUGCCGUACCCCCUGCCUGCCGGCACCGAAAUCCCAUACUCAAUCUACCUCCCCGAGAAAAACCCACUGAACCUGCCGUCCCACCAAUUCGAGCCUACCAGCACCCUCGUGCUGACCAGCCCGCUGCGCACCUUUGUCGAUAUACGCGUGUACAAGCCGUUUGACACUGCGACAGCGGCGUCCGCCAACAGCGCAAACCAAGGUUCGCUGCAGCGCCUCGAAUGGGCAUUCGCAGGGAGUUCAACGUCUGUCCCUGUGCAGUCUGACGGCAAGGAGCAGCAGACAGACUGGGAAAACGUGACGCAUUCGACGUGGACGCACUGGCUCGAUUCACGCUUCCCCGUCGGCGACCCGGACAUCCCCACGGACGAGGGCGACAUGUAUCCGCUUGCAGAUGAUCUCACGCUCGAAGUGGGACAUGCGUUUCACCCUGCGCUUGAGGCGGUCAAGACGCAUGAGGAGAUGUGGAGGGAUGUCGAGGUUGUGUCUACGUCGGAGUCGCAGACGAUGGUUUGCGUGGUAAUGCGCUGCCAGGAUGAUGCGGCGGGCGUGAGGGGCGUCGUGGUGCGUGUGGGGCAGUAUGUCCAGGGUAUAGUGAUACAGGGUGAAGCGGUGACGGCAGAGCGGUGGGAGUGGGACGCAGAGAGGCAAGGAGAGCAAGAGGCAGCAAAAUGGCAGAGGACAGUCAGGGUUGGAAAUUCGUUUUUACCCUGCGCAGUGUGCUUUCGACCGGGGGCUUUGGCAGUAGGAGGCAAGGUCCGGUUUCGCGCGUUGGAAUGGGUGGUGGAGGAGGUUUGGGAGUGGACAUAACAUCGGAUCUUG